UAUAAUUUGCAGCAAGUUCGCUAUGAAAUUUUCCCAUCUGAUCGCAAAAGAAACAAAUUUAGAUCACGCUCACCGUGAAUUUGGUGUCAAUGUUUAUAAGCAAAAUUUAAAAAUAGACCUUUGUUUUGCAACGUGAAAAUUUUGGCAGUUGGAAAAUGUACUCCUCUCCUCAGCAAAUUUUCUCUCUGGUUUUUCAGUCACCUCAAACGUUUCAAACGGACGCAAAAGAAAAUUCGCGGGAAAUCAAAGUGAUUUGAGUGCGAAUCUUUUCAAAAAUUGUGAUAGGACAAGAGUUGGAGAAAGCAUGAAUAAGACCAUCUUGCACUGGAGCUACCACAACCUAGACAGCAUUCCUUUGACGCUAUUAGACUACAAGGAAUUGGAGGAAGUCUAUUUGAAGGAGAACUUCAUUGCUUCCAUACCUGAGUGGUUGCUCAAAUUGAUUAAUCUAAGAUUCAUCCAUCUUUUGGGAAAUCUCAUACGAGAGAUACCCGAAAAUAUCUAUUUUUUAGAAAACUUGGAAUUUCUUGAUUUAUCUAAUAAUCGGUUGUGCAGUUUGCCGGCGAGUAUCGGGAAGUUGGUGAAUCUUAAGCGGUUUAGUGUGGGCGGCAAUGAGAUUCGAGUUCUCCCAAAGGAUAUCGGUAACUUACAGAACCUUGAGGUACUGGAUCUGAGCGCGAAUCUUUUUCAACAGUUACCCGUGGAGAUAGCACGCCUCAGAAAAUUAAGUGAAAUCGUAUUGAACGACAAUCUGCACCUAAGAACUUUGCCAAAUACACUUUUCUUAUUGCCAAAGUUAGAGUGCAUUUGUGCGGAUAGAUGUGGUUUACUGUAUCUUCCAUCUGUGUUAGCAUCAUCUGUGAGGCACGUUCGUCUGUUCAAUAAUAGAUUUGUAACUCAUAUUCCAAUAGUGUACUUAACGCAUAUCCAGAGAUUCUAUGAUAUCAUUCACUACAACGAAAGCCUAGGUAAUAGUUGUUCAACACACAUCACUGUGCGAGAGACGCAGACAUUCCGCAAUUUGAUCCUUUCAUCUGAAGUCAGAAGAGUCUAUGACGCAGAACGUAGGAUACCUAACUCACUUUUCGAGAUUUGUCUAAGGAAAAUAGGGGUUAGUUUCAGUAUUCCACUUGACGAAAGUAUUUCCGUGCCCAGGAGCUUGCGGGACACUAUCAAUGGCGGUCCAACCGCCAAAUGCUCCCGUGGUAAUUGUGGAUGCUGGCUUUAUUCAGAAUAUUAUCUACUAUUGGUGAAAAGGACGAACAGCAACUCUAAGUUGAUCUUUUCAUGUCCUUUCUGUUCCAUCGAAUGUAUGACGAAAUGGAAGUGUGUAAAUGUUAGUGAAUAUUAUAAUAUAAACUGGAAUGUUAUUUAAUCAAAAAUAUAGAAAAUUAAGGAAUAA